GGUCACGCCCGUGUUUGUGUGUUCUGACACAUUUGUGUCUUGUUAAUUUGUUUUGUCCAUGUAUUUUUUGUUUCUUUUCCGUUUGUCUAACUGCGAAUUAUAUAGUAAUUAAAAAGUAGAGCCAUGGGCGUUUCCAAUCGCAGCACAAAAGUUGCACUUGGCAUAUCAGUGUUCUCGUUUCUGCUGUUUAUUAUCGCGUUUUCAACGCCCUAUUGGCUGGUCACUGAUGGCCGUAUUCAAAAUCCACGCUUCACCAACUUGGGCCUUUGGGAGGUGUGCUUCAACAACUUCCAGGACAUUCACCGAUUCUACGACACUCGCUUCAACGGCUGCAUGUGGGUCUUCGAAGAGGAAUACUACAUUAUACACGACUUCUUGCUGCCUGGAUUCUACAUAGCAGUUCAGCUGUUUGCCACAUUGUGCUUUGUUAUGUGCCUCAUUGCCUUGCCCCUAACAUUGUCCAUUUUGCGAACAUCUCGCGAUGAUGACCGCUACGUAGUGUUGCUUCUUACUAUUGGCACCUGUGAAAUCAUGGCCUCCAUAUUCGGCUUCAUCGCAGUGGUGACUUUCGGAGCCAAAGGAGAUUCCCGUGAUUGGAUGCCCGGCUGGCAGAACAACGAUAUGGGCUGGUCCUUUGCCCUUGCCGUGGUCGGUGCCGUGAUGCUGUUGCCAGCAGGCAUUCUAUACAUGGUAGAAGCACGUCGGGAGCGAUACAAGCGACUCAACGAGAUUAGCAACCGCGAAGUUAGCGAAUAUGGCGACGACUAUUAUCAAAACCAGGCUUCCGCGGCAGUAGCUGCCCCAUCGGCCCCAGCACAGUCCUUCUUUGCUCCGGAACCAAGUCGCCCGCGCCGACCUCAACCAGGUCGUCAGCCAACAGCUCCGCCACAGGGAGGCAUCCAGACGGACAUUUAAAACGUACAAUAACCAACAUAUCCGUCACGUGUAUGUUGAUACACACAAAUAACAUAUCCGUCCUUUUAUGUGUUUUUAUCUGUUUAACGAGUAAAGUCGUCGUCCUUAGUUUUAAGUCCGAAUUUUCCUCGAAUCUAUAUCAAUAACAUUCUCGAAACAUUCCAUUUUAUAUACAAGUUUUGACACAUUACGAAUACUAAGCAUUAUUUUUGUACAACGCAUGUAUGUAUUUAUUUAAAUAAAUUGUGUCUAUACAGACAUACAUUUCAGUAAAA